UCGGCCACCGCGACCUCCGUGCCGCUGCAGCCGCUGCGCUCCAACCAGCUGUCCGUGAUCGUGCCUACGUCGGACGCGCUUCAGCAAGUGAUCCGCGUCAAGGAGCAGGAGCUGCACCAGGAGUUGCAGCUGCAGCUGCAGCAGGAAUUGCAAGUGGAGGAGCGAGAGUUCCGCACCCAGCAGGAGCUGCAGGUGCAGCAGCGGCUCGAGGACGAGCGGGCAGACGCGGACGACGCCGAGUACGGCGUGACAGACGAGUACCCCGUGCUCGAGUACGAGCCGCUGCAGCGUGAGGUCGAGAUCCAGACCCAAGACGAGGAGGACGACGACGAAGGGAUCCUCCGCGACGACCUGGUGCCGCAGUGCGAGAAUGAAAUCGAGAUCGACGGGGAGCUCGGGGAGUUAGAGCGCGCUCCCGACGACGACGAGUGCGACACGCUCGGCGAGGACGACGUCGCGUCCCCCCGGUCCUCGCCGCCACUCUCCCCGAGCGCGCUGAGCACGGCGUCGGCCGACGACGGCAGCAUGAUCGACGCGUCGGACGCGUUCCGCCUCGGCGGCCACCACCACAACCACCAUCACCACCACCACGAGCCGACGUACGAGACGUUGACGUCGGUGCACGGCGACAUGUCGCCCCAGCACGGCUACUCGCCCAACUCGUCGUACGCGACCCUGACGCCGCUGCAGCCGCUGCCGCCCAUCUCCACGAUCGCGGACAAGUUCGCGUACACGUCGCACGUGUCGGGCUCGUUCACGCUCAUGCAGGGCGGCAUGGGCCUGGUGCACUCGCCGUACGGCAUGAGCAUGUCGCCGUCGCAGAUGUACGUCGGCUCCCCGGGCAACAACUCGCUGGGCAGCAUCGGCCUGCACCAGGAGCCGCUGUCGCCGCACAGCGUGUACAGCCCGCACAAGAGCCUGUCGCCGCACGACACGCAGGCCUGCGACGACAUGUACAUGGGCGACACCAAGCCCAUGGGCGAGAUGGUGGCGGUGCCGCUGGGCGACGAGCCGCCGGCCUACAGCUUCAUGCCCAUGACCCACGCCGACCUGGCCGAGCACCAGAGCGCGGUCGUCAUCGACUGCAAUCCGUCCACGCCGCAGCAGCAGCAACAGCAGCAGCAACAGCAGCAACAACAACAACAACAACAGCAGCAGCAGCAACAACAACAACAGCAGCAGCAGCAGCUGGUGACCCUGGCCCACACGGUGACCGUGCCGGUGACCGUGUCCGGGGGCAUGUCCGAUGCGGACACCAUGGCCAUGUCCCUGUCGCUGCCGCCGACCUCGACGGCCGACGUGAUGGUGGCGGUCUCGGAGGCGGAGGCCGUGCCCCGCACCUCGACGGUGACCGCCGUGGCGCCGCUCUCGCCGUCGGACCACCACCACGACCAGCUGGACCACGACGACAGCUGCUCGGGCGGCGGCGGGGGCGGCAGCGGCGGCAGCGGCUCGGGCGGCGGCGGCUCGGCCAACUGCGGCCACCCGUGCCACGAGAUGGAGGAGAUCAACACCAAGGAGCUGGCGACCCGCAUCUCGGCCGAGCUGAAGCGCUACUCCAUCCCGCAGGCCAUCUUCGCGCAGCGCGUCCUGUGCCGGUCGCAGGGCACGCUGAGCGACCUGCUGCGCAACCCCAAGCCCUGGUCCAAGCUCAAGUCGGGCCGCGAGACGUUCCGCCGCAUGUGGAAGUGGCUGCAGGAGCCCGAGUACCAGCGCAUGUCGGCGCUGCGCAUCGCGGCCGCGCAGCUGCCGCAGCGGGCGCCCUCGCGGCGCAAGGACUCCGAGUCGGAGCCGGUCGGCGACCACCCCAAGAAGCCGCGGCUCGUGUUCACGGACCUGCAGAGGCGCACGCUGCAGGCCAUCUUCAAGGAGACCAAGCGGCCGUCCAAGGAGAUGCAGGUGACGAUCGCGCGCCAGCUCGGCCUCGAGCCCACCACCGUCGGCAACUUCUUCAUGAACGCGCGCCGGCGGUCGAUGGACAAGUGGCGGGAGGACGACGGCGGCGACGACGGCAUGGCCGCCGGCAACGCCAUGUACGACGCCGGCGACCUGACGGUGGUCGAGGACUCGAUCGAGGACGACGCGGACGACCCGGACGCCCUGUCGCCCUGCCAGUCCGACGACCUGGACCACCAGCAGCAGCUGCACCGGCUGCAGCAGCAGGACCUGCAGAUGGACGAGCAGGAGCACCAGACGAUGCAGCACCAGCAGAUGGUGCUGGAUGUGAUGUGACUCUAGGCGCCGCGCCCGGCGCCGCCCGGCGCCCCUGUGACGGAUACCGCACCGUCGCUCCGCGCCGCGAUGACCCAGGUAUAUAGCCUCGUCCACGUGAUCCUCGUGAUGAACCAUGUGUUGUGUACGUCGUGUUGUCCCCCUGGACUGACCAAGCCAUUCGUGAGUGUGUUUGUGUGUGUGUGUCUGUGUGUGUGUUCGCAUGCGCUGUACUCAUCCUGAUGUGAGGUGUCCACUUCCGGGCUUGCUGAUUGACUCCGUGGGGGGACCCGGCCCGCCCCCGGGCGGUGCUUGGUGUGGUUGUCUCCGGGGCCGGGCCGCCUCCGGGGCGGAACGCCGUUGACGUAACGCCCGCCCGCCCUCCCCUCCCCCCUCCGGGAGCUUAACCCGACCGAAUCGGAGCUGCCGCCUCUGUCUGUGGCGCUGCCCCGGGUCGGUGGAGGGAGGGCGGAGGAGGCGAGUACUGGGUCACCGCGGCUUUGACGACAAAUCGGCUCCCCCCAAAACACGAUUCGCUUGCUUGUCCUAAUUGUCGGCUUGGCUAUUGGAUAAGCAAGCCUCUGGCGGCUGCGGUCUGCCGCUGCUGUGCUGCCGCGAGGAAGGAAGGAAAACCUUUCAAGAGCG